GAGAAGAGGGGAGAGAGAGGGAGGGGGAAGGUUAUAGAGAGAAGAGGGGAGAGAGAGAGAAUAGAAAGACCAUUAUAUCACUGCUGAGCGAUACAGACCAUGGCUGAACAGAGAGAGAUUAAAGAAAAUAACGCCUGGCAUAAGGCUGUGAUCCUCUUCAUCACUGUGCUUGUUAUCACAGCGAUAGUUGCCCUGGUGACAACAGCAGUAUUGCAGAACCAGCCUCUCCUACAGAAGUACAAGUAUGGAAUCGUCCUGGAUGCUGGCUCCUCACAUACAGCAGUGUAUAUCUACGAGUGGCCGGCAGAGAAGGAGAAUGACACAGGAAGAGUGCAGCAGACACACGCCUGCAAAGUCAAAGGUGCUGGUAUCUCCAGCUACUCUGUGUUUCCAGGGCAGGCAGGGGCGUCUCUGAAGAGCUGUAUGAAGGAAGCAGAGAGCCUCAUCCCCCUACGCAGGCAUCCCGAGACCCCUCUCUACCUGGGGGCCACCGCCGGAAUGAGGCUGCUCAGGAUGGAGAACCAGAGUUUGUCUGAUCAGGUGCUUGGGUCGGUAGAGGAGGCGUUGCGUUCCUCUCCGUUCUCCUAUCAGGGCGCUCGCAUCAUCACAGGCCAGGAGGAGGGAGCCUUCGGCUGGGUCACUGUUAACUACCUGAGUGACCGACUGAAACAGGGCUCAGGGACCACCGGAGCUCUUGAUCUGGGCGGAGCCUCCACUCAGAUCAGCUUUGUGGCCAAUCAGGAUGGGGCGGAGAAAUCGGCGGAGAACACUGUGACCUUCCGUCUCUAUGGAAAUGACUACUUCCUUUACACACACAGCUUCCUGUGCUACGGGAAAGACCAGGUGCUCAAACUGGCACUUUCUCAGCAGACUCAGUCUGGGGACAGCUCAGUGCUGGACCCGUGUUUCCACCCAGGUUACAGUGUUGAUCGGGACUACUCUAGCGUGUACUCCAGCCCCUGCGUCAUGACUGGGAAACCCCUCGUCUCCAGGGACAGUUUCACCCACAUAGGAACAGGAAACGCAUCGCAGUGCCAGGAAGUAGUCAGAAGAAUCUUCAACUUCAGUGGCUGCAGCUUCAGUCGCUGUUCUUUCAACGGGGUCUACCAGCCACCACUACAGGGGCCGUUUGGGGCAUUCUCAGCAUUCUACUUUGUGAUGAACUUUCUGAACUUGACAUCAGACUCUCUGGAAAGGAGCAGGGAGAAGCUGGCGCUCUACUGUUCUACACCCUGGACCCAGUGUGUAAUGUGUGUGUGUGCAGAUCAACAGCAGCACCCUGAUGUGAAGGAGAAGUAUCUGGCAGAGUACUGUUUCUCUGGGAGCUACAUCCUCUCUCUACUGACUGACGGAUACAACUUCACCUCAGACACCUGGACACACAUCACAUUCAUCAAGAAGAUUUCAGGUAGUGAUGCAGGUUGGACGUUGGGCUACAUGCUGAAUCUGACCAAUAUGAUUCCAGCCGAGGCUCCAGACACUCCUCCUCUUCCUCACGCCGGCUACAUCACCCUCCAAUUCUUCAUCUCUCUCCUCCUCUUCUUCUUCCUCCUCUUCCUCCUCUUCCUCAGUCUCCGAUCCCGGUGGCCGCGCUGCAACUCCCAGACACAGAUGAUAUAGACGCACUGGACACAAUAUGGACACCUGUGUGUGUGUGUGUGUGUGUGUGUGUGUGUGUGUGUGUGUGUGUGUGUGUGUGUGAACAUGAUGUUUCUAAAAUGUAUCUCAUAAUGUUAUGCUUCUUAUUCUCCAGUAAAGUUCAGACGUAUAAAAACGGA